GAAUGACAUACUGGUGCCCCAGUGCAGUACUGGGAAGGAAGCAUGUUGUGAGCAGUGUGCAGCCUCUGGUCCAGCGCCGCAGUCCGAUCCCUCCACACCUGAUCCUCGUAUUGUAUACUCUGCAUGCUCCACCGCCGGCUGCUCACUACCAUCUGCAGGAUGACCGAAGAGGCCAAGAGACUGGCAGGAUGUGCGGCCGUGGACAAUCAUGUCAAGAAUAAUCAGGUGCUCGGCAUUGGGAGUGGCUCAACCAUUGUCCACGCAGUGAACCGGUUAGCGGAGCGAGUGAAAAAAGAGAACCUCCAUGUGUUCUGCGUCCCCACCUCCUUCCAGGCAAGGCAGCUGAUCCUUCAGAAUGGAUUAACCCUUACUGACCUGGAGAGACACCCUGAGCUUGAUGUUGCUAUUGAUGGUGCCGAUGAAGUGGAUUCUGAACUCGACCUAAUCAAAGGCGGAGGGGGAUGUUUGGCCCAAGAGAAGAUAGUAGCCGGUUGUGCCAAAUCCUUUAUUGUAAUUGCUGACUACAGGAAGGAUUCCAAAAACUUUGGAGACCAGUGGAAGAAGGGGAUCCCUAUAGAAGUGUUCCCGAUGGCUUACGUUCCAGUGACCAAAACUAUCCAGCAAAGGUUUGGUGGUGUGGCCGAACUGCGGAUGGCCGUCAGCAAAGCUGGCCCAGUGGUGACGGAUAAUGGGAAUUUUUUGCUUGACUGGAAGUUUGACAAAGUUCAUGACUGGGCAGCUGUUAAUACGGCUAUCAAAAUGAUUCCAGGUGUGGUGGACACUGGGCUCUUCAUUAACAUGGCCGAACGAGUCUACUUUGGCAUGGAGGACGGAACCGUGUCUAUUCGUGACAAACCCGUACAUUAGACCCUUAAUACAUCUCUUGUGCCUUGCCCCUAGCCAAUUGUUUCCAUGCCAAUUCUAUACUUUUUGCUAUUUUUUUUCAGUUGUAUUGUUUUACUUCUCACAUUUUGCCUUUUAUUUUUUCUUGGUACAUUUCUGAUGUGUCUUAAAUAAGGGACUCAAGUGGUACCAAACCACAUUAUGCUACCUGUGCCAUGUGCAUAAGACAAACAGCCAGGCCGGACAACCUACUGUAUAAUGGCAACCAUUCAGUGGGCUAAACUAAAUGUGGAUACAACUCAUCAAUGCACCAUAGGCCAAUGACAUUACUGAGGUACUUUAAUAUUUAUGUCAUUGUCUGCUGGUUAGUUGAUGGGCCGCAUGUUCAUGAAUUUUGGUUUAGCCCCCAAAAUGGCUACCUUCAUCAUGUAUAAGGUUAAUCACCAGUAAACCAGUAAAAUUGAACUGUAAUACCAAGUGUACCUAUACAAAAGAAAUGACCUUGCACUGUGUUCAGUUAUGUGACAAUCACUUUGUUUGGCCUGCUCUUCAAGGGGAACUCCGUUUUCAAAAACCUUUAUGGUUCAACUGUGUGGCUUGCUGAGGAACAUUUCACAUAUUUUGUUUUACUGUUUUUGUACUAGAUGUUGACUUAGUUCAUAGAGAUGAACAAUGGAGCCUCUUUGUAGAUAUUUUGAUGAAUCUAGGUGUUCAUUUUGACUAGAGA